AUGCAGAUGGAAAAACGAAAUAAAUCAGCAGUUUUGAAACAACAAACUACUCAUUCGAAUGAACAACAAUCAAGUGUUAAAAAGCUCAUUCGAACUGAACGAUGGUAUUUUGGUGGAUUAUCGGGCGUAAUGGCUGCUUGCUGCACACAUCCUCUGGACACACUCAAAGUACAACUGCAAACACAACAGCGAGCAGAAUACGGGCUUGUGGGUAUGGCUUUCCGAGUUAUUAGAACAGAGGGAUUUUUGUCACUUUAUAAUGGUCUGAGUGCAUCGUGCCUUCGUCAGGCUACAUAUACGACAACGCGUUUUGCAAUCUAUGGGGCAAUAAAAACAUUAAAUCCAAACCCAAAUCUCCCGUUUUACCAAAAAAUAUCGUUAGCAUUUGUUGCGGGAGCGAUUGGCUCAUUUGUCGGCGCUCCAGCUGAUUUAAUUAAUGUUCGUAUGCAAAACGAUUGUAAACUACGAAAGGAACAACGACGAAAUUAUAAACAUGCUAUCGACGGUAUAGUUCGUGUUUGUCGCGAAGAAGGACCAAAAAAAUUAUUUAAUGGAGCCAGUAUGGCUAUAUUCCGUGGAGCAUUGGUCACAGUUGGUCAGAUUGCAUUUUAUGAACAAGUGAAACAAUUGAUGUUAGCUAGUGGGUUCUUUAAGGAUAACGUAGCAACACAUUUUGGUGCCAGCCUCACUGCCGGUGUGGCAGCUACAGUAUUGACUAUGCCAUUAGAUGUGAUGAAAACAAGAUUGAUGAACGCUAAGCCGGGUCAAUAUGCUUCAUUAUUGGAUUGUUUUAGCGACAUCUUCAAAGUUGGCAUUGGCGGAUUUUUCAAAGGUUUUACACCAGCAUUCAUUCGUCUCGGUCCACAUACAAUAUUAAUGUUUAUAUUUCUCGAACAAUUGAAAAGCAAUUUUGGCUAUAUAAAGGAAGAAAAGAAAUGA